AUGUGGGAACGCACACUGCAGGAUCUCAUUCGAGGGCUACGAGCCAACAAGAAAGAUGAGAGCAAGUUCAUCUCACAAGCUAUCUCUGAAAUUCGAAAGGAGAUCAAGAGCAAGGACAUGGAAUUGAAAGCAGGAGCUGUUCUGAAGCUCACAUAUCUAGAUAUGUUAGGAUAUGAUAUGAGCUGGGCAUCAUUCCAUGUUGUAGAGGUCAUGUCGGCUCCGCGCAUUCAUCUGAAAAGCGUGGGGUAUCUUGCGGCCUCUCAAUCGUUUCAACAAGACACGGACGUACUCAUGCUGACUACCAAUCUAUUGAAGAAGGAAAGUCCUUUUCAGGACUUAAGUUCUAAGCCGGAAGAUGUCGCCAUAACUUUGAACGGCCUUUCACACAUUGUCACUCCCGACUUGGCGCGCGAUCUAUCCCAAGACUUGAUCUCAAUGGUCAAUCACUCACGUCCUCACAUACGCAAACGAGCUGUCAUAGCUCUGUACAAGGUAUUCGUCAAGUACCCAGAAGUGAUUCCUCACGGGCUGGGCAGAUUGAGAGAGAAGCUGAACGAUACUGAUCCAGGAGUGGUUGCUGCGACUGUCAACGUUCUGUGUGAACUUGUACAUCGAAAUCCGCAGGACUACCUGUCUCUAGCCCCUCAAUUAUUCCACCUGAUGACGACAUCCUCGAAUAACUGGAUGCUCAUAAAGAUCAUCAAAUUGUUUGGAACUUUGUCGCCUUAUGAGCCUCGUCUGGUCAAGAAACUACAGCCUCCCAUCACCGAACUUAUAUCUACUACCCCUGCUAUUUCGCUACUGUACGAAUGCGUCCACACAUGCAUCACAGGAGGAAUGCUACAAAGUGCCUCGGGAAAUUUGCUCGCAAGAAUGUGUGUCACCAAGCUAGCAGGAUUCUUGCAAGAUCCCGACCAGAAUUUGAAGUACAUUGCCCUACUCGCGUUGGUGAAAAUCGUCCCUACGCACUCGGAGCUAGUGGCAGAGUACCAAGACAUGAUACUAUCAAGUGUCGAUGAUCAAGAUGUCAGUAUACGUAUGAGGGCAUUGGAUCUUUUAUCUGCAAUGGCAAGCCGUAACAACCUCCAGGCUAUCAUUCAGCAACUCCUCUCACAUCUAGUCCGCUCAGAAUCCUCUGCCCUUCCAUCGGCAUCGCAGUCCUUGUCUCAAUAUAGAUCUACAACGGCUGCGGCUAUUCCGAAAUCCACCGGUUCACCUUCACAGUCUCCAGCAUACCGCCUUACUCUAUCCCAGAGAAUAUUGUCUCUUGGAUCUCAAGAUACAUAUACCAAUGUACUUGACUUCGAAUGGUAUCUCUCGGUUCUCGUCGACCUAGCAUACGUUGCAGGUGCCGAUGUGGGCUCACAAAUUUGCGACCAAUUAGUGGAUAUAGCUGGACGUGUGAGAGCUGCGCGACGAUAUGCGGUUCAGCUCAUGGUGAAAGUCUUGACAGAUGAUUCAUUCUUGGGAAAUGUAUCGGAAGAGGGCAAUUGUGCCGAAGUGCUUUGGGCGGCAGCGUGGAUAUGUGGCGAAUAUUGCGGCGAAUUGGCGGAGCCUCAGAAGCUCAUUACCUAUCUUCUUCAUCCAGGCAUCACCGCGCUGGGUCCCGAGACGCUCGCUGUCUAUAUUCAAGCCGCUACAAAGGUUUUCGGCUAUUGGGCCGCUGAUCUGACAGAGCGAUGGGAUACCGAUGACCAGCCGAAAGUGAGGAGCAUCGUUAAUUUGAUGCUCGAUCGGCUGGGCGAAUUUUCCACACAUCCUGCUAUCGAAGUCCAAGAAAGGGCCGCGGAGGCGUUCAAUCUGUUCACAUUUAUACGGGCUGAUAUGAACGUAUAUCGACCCACAGCCGACAAUACUUCGGCGUUCUCUGACCCCUCUUCAGCAAAUUUUGACUCGAGCCCGUCGGCAGAACCUAACUUUCCCAAGAGCCUCUUCCUUAUCCGUCCUCUUUUCGCGGCUUACGAACUAAACGCAGUCGCAUUGACUGCACAAGCGAGCAUCGCCAUUCCUGAUGGACUCAACCUUGAUGCAUGGAUUGUAUCACCUCCUAUAGAUACUGUGGAAGCGGGUGAGCUGGACGAUGUGGAGCCAGCUGAAGAAAGGAGGAAAAUGAAGAGCAGAAAGGGCAAAGAAAAGGACAAUAGCGGCAAAAGAAAGAGCAAGAAGAAGGCUGUCGGGGAUACGGAAGACGAAGUUAUUGUUGGCACGUCUACUCCGUAUACAUUCGAAACCGAAAAGGAGCGUACAGAACGGGAACGCCGUAAAGCGGAGCGGCUCGAGCGGCUUCGAGACGACCCUUACUAUCUCAUCGAUGACCGGCCGUCAUCAACCAAGCCAAAUACCAACGAUGUGGACGCAAUACCCGUAAUAAGACUGGACGAUCUACCACCCCUUCCUCAUUCUGGCCCUCAGCUGCCCAGUCUACGACAGAGCUCUUCUCAGACAGUACCACGCACUUUCGACAUUGACAGGACAGGAGAGAUGCCAGAGGCAGUUCUCCCGGCACCCGCUCCUGGAACGACACCGAAUAGCAAGGCAAUGACUAGCCCCGAGCAGGAUGGUGCGCAAGCUGUACACACCGCAUCAUUCUUCCCACCGUAUGAGAUAGAGGACGAAAUCCCGCGCACAGCAACACCGCCGCCCAUCAAAGUUACCAGAGCAAAAAAGAAAGGGGUGACUAGCGGGAGGAAGAAACGGACACAGAAAGUCGAUAGCGCUAGUCCCUUGGCCGAGUAA